UGGAGCUGCUGAGUGUUGGCUCACGAUGAAUAAGCUGCCCUGGCAAACACACACACGCAGUGUCCUCUAUUAAAGGAAUACAUGUGCAGAAUAUAUGUAAAAGUUGUGUGCUUUAGAUUAACUUGAUUUAAUAUAUGUGGCGUGAAGGGAUGAAAAGAAUGUGCCCCUGUCCAAAAGACCCAUGGAAGAUGGAUGCACAUACACACGAGUCUGGCCAGAGCUCACUAUGCAUCCACAGAAGACCAAGAAGAUGGAUGGAGCACGGAGGAGAUGCUGUAGAAUUUUAGGGGCUCCAAAUCCAGAAGAUCCAGAAAUACAGAAUGUCGCCCUCCAGUGAUGUAGCUGAGAAUUGUGACUAAACCAAUUUAUUUCUUUCGAAGCAUCGUGUCCACAUUGGCAAGUUUGAGCAUCACCAUCAAGCACGCGAAACCUCUCGGUUGACUCGUCAGACAUCAUUUAUUAAACCGAGUAAGAGUAAGAAUGCUGGAAAACACGGCGCGAACGUGAAAGGAAGCUAAUGUAGAAGACUCGUUGCUAACAAAGAUGGCUGUUGGUUGACACUGGAAAGAACGUGAUGAUGAUGAUGAUGAGAGAAAGAGAGGAGGAAGGUAACGAGUAAUCACGAGAAGCCAAACACGACGUGAAUGGUAACAGGACCACGCCACCUUUCCCAGAAGACGCACACAUGGUCAUGUUUGGCAUGGGCUGCUUCUGGGGGGCGGAGAGGAAGUUAUGGAGGCAGAAAGGAGUUUAUUCCACUCAGGUGGGCUACGCCGGAGGGUACACACCCAACCCUACCUACAAGGAAGUGUGCUCAGGUAUGACAGGCCAUGCUGAGGUGGUCAGAGUGGUCUUCCAUCCAAACCAGAUCUCCUUCGCCAGCCUGCUCAAAGUCUUCUGGGAAAGCCAUGAUCCCACUCAAGGCAUGCGUCAGGGCAACGACGUGGGGACGACAUACCGCUCUGCCAUCUACGCCUACACACAGCAGCAGCUGGAGGAGGCGCUGGCGUCCCGAGAUCAGUACCAGAAGGCUCUGACUGAGGAAGGUUUUGGAAUCAUCACAACAGAGAUUGCAGAGGGCAAAGACUUUUACUACGCUGAGGACUACCACCAGCAGUACCUGAGUAAAAACCCAGAUGGCUACUGUGGGCUGGGCUCCACAGGAGUCUCCUGUCCAAUAGGAAUCAAGGAGAAGGCGUAGGUAGCCAAUCACAGCCAAGGCUCGUCAUUCAAAACAUUUUCUUCUGCGUUUCAUGCUGAAAUAAACAUGUAUCUUUAAA